GCUAGCCGGCCGGUGAGUCGGUGCCGGCGGGCGCUCCUCCUGGAGGGGAGGCCGCGGGGGAGCGCCAGGCCAGCACGGGGCUGAGGGGCAGAGCGGCCUCGCUGGUGCUAUCGCCGCUGUCUGCGGGCGGCAUGAAUUACAGAGCAGUGGCGGACACGGUGGCUGAGAAACUGCUGAGUUACAGCAAGGACAGCACCGGCUGGAGGGUCAGCAAGAGAACGAAUGAAGUUUGUGUGUCCUGGAGACCAUCAUCAGAAUAUUCCGGAAACUUAUACAAAGGUGAAGGGAUAAUUAAAGCUGCACCAAAGGAUGUCUGGGAGUGUUUAAAACCUGUGCCCGAAGGGCCAAGAGUGAAAUGGGACAAAAACGUGAAGUCAUUUGAGCUGAUUGAAAUGAUCAGUGAUGAUCUUUCUGGACAUCUUCAGACUGUGUCUGUCUGCAGGACUGUUACACCAUCAGCGGCUGUGGGCUUGAUCUCUCCGAGGGAUUUUGUGGAUGUAAUUUUAAUCAAACAGUAUGAAAAUGGGACGAUAUCCUCAAAUGCUACUCAUGUGGAGCACCCUAACUGUCCCCCUAAACCUCACUAUGUGAGAGGGUUUAACCAUCCCUGUGGAUGUUUCUGUGCUCCCAUUGCAGGAGAACCACAGAAGACUCAAUUGACUAUGUUCUUUCAGACUGACCUUGGUGGGUAUCUCCCACAAUCAGUGUUGGACUCUUUCUUUCCAUCUAGUAUGGUUGAGUUUUACAGCAAUCUGACAAAAGCCGUGAAGAUUUUUAAAGCUUGAUGAAUCGCCCGAUUUUAUUCUCCAUGUUUGUCUUUUCCAUACUUUUGCCCAGAAACCUCUGGUUUAGUUCCAUUGCACUAAACACUGUUACUCCAUUUUGAUUUGAAUGGUAUUUUGCACUUAUUUUUCUGCUCUUUAAAAAUGUAAACGUUUCUUCAGUUAUCUUAGGAACAAAACAGGUCAGUGAAAAGGAAAUGAAGUAAUUUCAAGCUGCAUAGUGAAUGUUUAAAAGGGAAUACUUGUACGCAUUGGUAUUGAUAAUAGAUUUUUUAAAAAAACAUUCUGUUUAAAAUAGAAGCUUUCAAGUAUGUUUUAUGAAUUGGAUAUCUGGUAGAAAAUUUCUUCAUGUACUGAGUUUUAGUCCUAAACUAAAAUCAAUCAUCUGCCCAACAACAAGUAAUAUAUAUUUGCAUUUUUCUAAUUGUUUAGAACACAAAUGAAUGUUCAGUGAAUCACGCCCCUAAUUUGUGCCAAGUGGUAAAACAUGAGGGAUCAAUUAGAGCAAAGUAUUACUGCCAUUGGAGUACAGCAUGUCCUUCCAAAUGUCCUGUCAUUAUAAAAACAUUUUCAAAGUUUGACCUGUAACUUUUUUCAAAGUCGCAGUGCCAGCAACAUUCUCUUCAUAAAGCUCCAUAACAGUCAUAAUUGGUGUUGAAAAGGUAGGGUUGAGCCAGACAAUUGCAGUAGCCCCUUCAAAAUGUAAUAGUACUCCUGUUCCAAACUUGGCCGAAGUGUGAACUUAGAAUAUUUAAUACUUGAUAACCACCUUGGCAAAUGCCCAAUAGUGGUGUCUUCAGAGAAGGACAAUGCUGUAAGGACACUAUGGAACACAUUCACCUCUUCAAACAACAUGCUUUUCAGUAAUUGCUACUUUGCAUGUAAAUGGUAAAAAUAAUAUUAUUGUAUAUGUGGAAACAUGUUCCCUGCAAGAUACUCUCCACUUGAACGAAUGUUUUAAAGUCUUGCAUCUCUCAAGUGCUAAGUCCUGGUGUUUUAUGUUUACUUCAAUUGUUUGUCUUUUAAGUUAAUAAACCCCAUCCCUUAAA